AUGAGUGAGAUUUCAGCGCGCUUCAUCGAUAUGGCACGUCGACUCCCAAAAGUGUGGCGGGUAUGGUGCUUGAUCAAGCUGGUCGACCCAGUCAGAGUAUCACCUAUGAAUUAUCGCUUUAGAUCCCAAUGUGUAAAGCCAGGUGACAGAGUCGCGUUAAUCUAUCCGAAUACGGAGCCAUUGGCGUUCCUAUCUGCAUUUUACGGCUGUAUAUUAGCUGGAGUUGUUCCGGUACCUGUAGAGGUUCCUUUGACCAAACGG